AUGUUUGUUACACCUUUGAAACAUCCAGAAAUUCAUUUGUCUUCAGAGAUACCUUCUCAAAAGAAAAAUAUGCCUAUGCAUGCAAUCCUUUUUGAUAGCAUUCCCUCAGGCACACUUACUCCUGUAAAAGAUUUGGUGAAACGUCGGAACACUUUAAAAUUGGAUAACCAUGAAAAGAAUAAGUUCCCAGAAAAGACAGUUUUUGGUAAUAGAAGAGUACUUCAAUCUACCAUGCUAGCAGAGGUCACUGCCUCCAACAGUUCUCUUGAUAUCAGUGCUAUAAAACCUAUCAAGGAUGGAUUUAAAAGUAAAGGAAACUAUGAAACACCAGAAAAAACAUUUCAAAGAAUGAAAGAAAAAGUUCUGCGUGACAAGCAAAACCAAAUAUUAAGAAAUAGUUUAUUGGAAACUCCAAGAAAUGCUAAAGAUACUACCUAUCUCUGUAAAGAAAAGGAGAACAGCAAACCAUUACAAUCAGAGCUUUCAACUGUGAACCAAGAACAUGGAAAAGUUUCAGCUGUCGGAGUCAACAAGGCUUUAAGUAGGGAUCAGUGUGCUAAACAGAGUCUUCACUCAAAGAAUACAGUUGGAGCCACUGAGCUCAAAACCAAUACAUUUGUUUUAGAAAGUGUUGAUUCUGUCUGUGACAAAUCCCCAAAUACUACUGGUCAAACUCUGAACACUGAUUCUGUUUCUGUAGAAAAUGGAGUUGAAUUAAUAAUUUCUGAUAGUGUGACAAAAGAAGGGGUUUCACAACAGGAAACGAAGGGAAAAAAUGAGAAAAGAAAACUUGAAAAUACUGAUCUUUCUAGUACCAAGCAUGAUACAUGUAAUAUUGUGCUUGCAACUUCAAGAUUACAAAUUCCUCCAAGGUCAAAAAGAAAGAUUGCACAGCUUUCUUCUCCAAGUAUAAUUACAAAUGGAGUUGAAAAUAAUAAGGUAGUCCAGCUAAAAGAAUGGAUAAUUAAAGCCAUCAAUAAUAACACUGCCAUAUGUGUAGAAGGAAAGCUAAUAGACAUUGCUAACAUAUAUUGGCACAGUAAUGUUAUUAUAGAACGAAUUGAGUACAACAAACUUAGGACUCUUUCGGGCAACAUUUACAUUUUAAAAGGGAUCAUAGACAAGAAUUCCAUGAAAGAAGAAGGAUAUCCAUAUUAUCUCAUAAGAAAAUUUAUGUUUGGGUUUCCAGAAAAAUGGAAAGAGUACAUUGAUGAUUUUCUAGAAAAAUUAAGGAAAUGUGAAAAGAAAGGAGGAAACACCAAACAAAAAAAGAAAACUGGAAGAUUGGUUUCUUAUACACAGAAAUCAGUGAAAGAUGGUACAGAAAAAAACCUAUCAGAUGUGCUUAAACUACCCCACAUAACUUAUGAUCUUGAUUGUGAUCAUUUAGAACUGAAGCAAAGUAGAUUGCCAGGAAGUACAGAAUUAAAUGUUUGCCGUAAUAAUCAUACAACUAAACCAUUAAUGCCCUCAGAUGAUCAAAUCAAUAAUACUGUUCAAAACAGAGGAGAAUAUGACUUGUCUAAUCAGGAAUCACUUAGAAAAAAGAAAUAUCAAAAUUUGUCUUCUGAUAAAUUCAAAACUUGUGAAAGAGAAACAGAUGGAAGGGUAAUUUUUCAAAAUCAAAGGCAAGAAUACACUGAAGAAUCGAAUAUAUCUCUUGACAUUCUAAUUUCAAAGGAAGAGCAUUUCUCAGAUAAAGAAAAGAAAGACUUGACUGUUGAUCACAAGAAAGCUUGUAUUAUGUUAACUCCACUUAAAUCUAAAAAGGUGAUAGAGAAAAAAUGCAUGAAGUUUAAUCUGUCCUCUGACACCAUGAAAGCAGUUGUAGAUUUUAUACGAUCAAAGCCUCCAAAAGAAAAUGAAUCAGACUUACAUGAAACUGCAAGCUCAAUCUGUAAGUCCAAGACUCAGAACACAUUUAUAUAUAAUGUAGGACAUAAACAUAAAGACAAGAAAGAUGACAUUCAAUGUGAUAUUCUCACUGCUGAUCCUAAAAUUCAAACAUUUAAUCCUAAAAAGGAAUACAUGAUAUCCUCUGAUCUAGGAAAAACUACAAUGUUCUUAUCAAAGUCAAAGAAAAUUGAAAAUCAAGUAGCUCUGUCAUUUAACAGUCAUCAGUCCUCAUUAGAUUUGUCUACUAAAGAGAAUGAAACUGCAAAGGAAAUUAGAAGGAAAACUGGGAAUAUUAAGACAACCAGAACAAGAAGCAGCAAACAAUCACAGGGUCACCUGAGGAAAAGCACAACAAAUACAAGGGAAAUCUCAGUGGUCUCUGAAUCUGAAACUGAAGAAAGUGAAAAUGAAUAUUAUAUCAAACAAAAGAAAACUAGACAUUCUACUAAAGAAAUUUUUGAGAAACCUUGUAUUAGGAAUGAAUUUCCAAUCACUGAACACAAAGGGUCUGAUAAGACUAAUAAGCAUUUCGUAGAACAUUUACCUGAUAUUCAUGAUGAGGAAUGGAAUGAGAAGGAAUUAGAGAAACUUCAUUGUGCUUUUACAUCUCUUCCAAAGCACAUACCUGGUUUUUGGUCUCAUGUAGCAAUGGCUGUAGGUUCUCGGUCUGCUGAAGAUUGCCAGAGGAAAUACAUGGGAGAUCCCCAAAGUAAGGGAUCAAUGAAACAAGUCACUAAAAAAAGGCCAGUCAACUCCAAAGGCCAAAAAGGCAAGAUAGCUGAUACUGAUAAGAAGCACGCUAUUAUGAUAACUGCUAAAGUGGGAACUCUUAAAAGAAAGCAGCAGAUGAGAGAUUUUCUGGAACAUUUGCCAAAAGAUGACCACGAUGACUUUUUCAGUAAAUCAUCUAUGCAAAACCAAAGAGUAUUGUUGCCAAGUUUCCAGGAGAGUCAAGAAGAGGAUGAUAUUCUGCCAAAUAUGGACAGAAAUCAAGCAUCUCCAUCAUCAGCUAUCUUUCCAUUGGUAAAAACUCCUCAGUGUCAAUAUAUCAGUCCUCGUAUGCUAACCUCUAAUGAUAGGGGCGAUUGUGAUAAAUAUGUUUUUCACAUGCAAAAAAACCAGAGAUGUAGUGUUUGGGGCAAUGUCAAGAAAAAUGUAGUUGAAACUGAUAUUUUAACUCUAACACCCAGAAGAAAAACAUUUCAAAAAGAAUUGGAAAACUCCGGUAUUGGAAAACUUUUCACUAAUGCUAUGGAAUCUUUAGAUGAAGAAGAGAAAGAUUAUUAUUUUGAAGACUUUGAUUCUACAUAG